AUGGAAUACGAUCCAGCUCAUAAAGCCUCUAGCGUCACUAGCACAUCUAGCAGUUCUUCUGCUUGGGAUUCUUUGCCUUCUCUAUAUACUGGGCGUGCAGGCUCUGUCUCUAGUGUAUAUGAUGAACUUGAACCUUUUGAAGAAGGUUUUGCUUUGUAUGACAAACCACAAGAUCCCAUCAUCAUGAGCCAUGAUGAACAAGACACUGUCUCUGAUUUCUUGGAAUCUAUUUUUGAAAAAGAAAAGGAACAAAUCAUCCUAAAUCACGAGGUGCCCUCAUCUUCAGGCCUAUGUCAUGGGAAUGGAAAAAGACCUUACCAACAAGACGCACAAGAAGUGAUAAAGAAACCCAAGUUGAAUGACGAAAUCAAGAAUCGAGAAUUAUUGACCGAUGAUCAAAAACGCGCAAACCACAUUGCCUCAGAACAAAAGCGUCGUAACACGAUUCGUGGUGGUUUUAAAGAAUUGACCGAGAUCAUUCCUACCUUAAAGAAUAUCAAUAACUCUAAAAGUACCAUCUUGUUCAAAUCGGUUGAUUAUAUCAAGCAGCUCGAUAAGCGCAACAAAGUCCUUAGAGAGAAACUGACUGCCUUAAAACGCAAAGCUCAACAAAAGACACACAAGAGACAGGCUUUACCUUCCAAUACAGUUGCUGCAGCUCUGCUUGCUCACAAAAAUCAGCAAAAGCAACUAGAGCUACUUCAAGAGCAAUUGCGAGUACAACAAGCUCUGUUAACAAAGCAUAACAUUCAAUCUUACCUUUACCCUUCAUCUUUGCAUCACAUUCAUCAAACAGCCAAUGCUGGACUUGGCUAUCAUUCAAUCUCAAUUCCUGCUAUGGAUGAUACACCUGUAGCAUCAACAAGUAACUCACCUACUUUACCUCAUGCAUCUCUUGUAAAUACUACUCAUAUCACAUCUCAUGCUGCCUUGGUUAUGCCUGCUUCUGUAGACGAAUGGCAACAUGCUGGUGCUGCAAGUUUUAUUAUCCCAGCAGACGAGAGCGAUAAACAAAACACAUUUCGUGAACGUUUGUUAAGCUCUGGAAAACUCAAUCACUUAAGAAAACCAUCUAUUAUGUAA